AUGACAAUCAACGUCCUCAUAAUUGGCGCCGGCGCCGUAGGUGCCUUCUAUGCCUCCCGUCUUGCCCUCGCUCCCUCAACCCAGGUCUCCGUGAUCUGUCGAUCUAAUUACGCUGCCGUCUCCCAGCGGGGGUUUAGUGUUAAAUCACCUAAAUAUGGCUCCUACACAUUUACUCCUCAUCGGACAUUCGCAAACCGACAAGAAGCAGUUGACUCUGGUUUGCUUUGGGACUAUAUAUUAGUAAGCACGAAGGCGCUACCGGAUGUUGUGGACGAUUCAGAAAUUUUGGGGGGUUUGGUUAAGGAAGGCCGGAGUGCGAUUGUGCUAGUGCAGAACGGGCUGGGGGUCGAGGAGCCGUAUAAGAAGAGGUUUCCAGGGACGACAGUCUUAAGUGGUGUUACGAUUGUUAGUGCGGCGCAGACGGAGCCUGGAGUUAUAAAACAUAAUCGGUGGACCAGGAUUAGUGUUGGCCCGUAUCUCCCUGGCGCAAUGGACGGCGCAAUGGCAACAAGGAGUGACGGCGAGAAGAAAGCCGUUGAGAUUAAUAGGAAAUUCGUGGAGCUAUUGAAAGCAGGCGGAGUUGAAGAUGCGGAGGAAUACUCCCAUGCUAAGUUACAGAUGGUGAGAUGGCAUAAGAUCGCCAUAAACGCCAGUAUGAACCCGUCUUCCGUUCUUUCAGGCGGCUCAACGAAUAACGGUAUGGCCAAUGAUCCGGAACUCGGCCUCCAUCUCAAAGGCGUAAUGGAGGAGGUCCUCAGCACAGCACCAAAAGUCCUGGGCUGCGAGCUGCCGAAGGAGUUUGCUACCCCGGAACAGAUCCUGAGGAGUACGCAGCGGAAUACGAGUGGGAGUAAGCCGAGCAUGGCAUUGGAUUGGGAGCAGGGGAGGAGGAUGGAGAUUGAGGUUAUUUUGGGGAAUCCUAUUAGAAUUGCGAGGGAGAAGGGGAUCGAGAUGCCGAGGUUGCAGAGCUUGUACGCCUUGCUUAGGAUGAUGCAGGAGAAUAGAGAAAAUAGGCGGAAGGAGGUAGGUAAGUUGUGA